UUGGGUGAAAUCACUGCACACUCUUGGUAAAACUCUGGUGGGAUGAGACGUCAACGUAUUUCUCUCUUCCUUUUUAUCUUCCUCCUCUUCCUCAGCUGGGUACACAAGGGCAAAUGCACACCCCCAACAUGCUACUCUCGCAUUCUUGAUCUCAGUAAGGAAAUCAUGCAGGUGCUGGAACAGAUCCACAGAUCCCCCCGAACCAAGGAAUGUGCAGACUUUUUACCCAAACUCUUCUUGGAUGUUCAUAAUUCCUGUGUGACGACUAAGCUGAGAGACUUCCUGUAUGUGUUGGAGAAUUUGCCAGUGUAUGAGUGCAGAGAGAAACCUCGCCUUGUCAUGGCCAAGCGCAAAGUCCGCACCCUCUAUUCCAUCAUCACCCGCGUCUGUUACCGGGAUCUGGUGUAUCUAUCAGAUGAUUGUGAAGCACUGGAAACAGGAAUCAGUAACCCACGAUUUACACACGAUACACUGCAACUACUGGAGGAGACCGACUGAGAUCCACCUUAUACACACAAAUCUCCAGUUCAAAAUUGUACAAAGAUGAUUUACCAUAUAACAGGUCCUGUAGCACCACAAACAUGUUUAUAAAACUUCACCAGAUUUACUUAUAUUUGUUAAGUGAAAGCAGAAGCAUUUUGGAAUACUGAUGUCUAAAACCUUCACAAUAAUGCAAGAAUAAACGUGACUCUCUAUUCUCUGUAAUAUUGUUGGUUUUACUCUGUAGAAUUGUUGGUUUUUUUUAGGUUUGGGGGGAUGUAAGUGUAAUGAUGUCAACAAAGUCAUUUGUAAUGAUUGUAUUACAUGUAUUUUUGUAAUAGAUGAGGUGGUAAAUAUAAUUCAUUUCUACAAUAAAUGUGGCACCCUAAA